AAGGUAAAGAAAUCUUUCCAACUUCAAAGCAGACUGGAUUCGACCGACAGCGAGCGAGCACACACAGAUCACGCCAUUAAAAAAAAAAACAACAAACAGCAGCUUGUUUCAGGACCUUCCAAUUAAUGAUCAGCAGGACCGGAGUCACAGUUCGCUGGCUGCAUGCGUGAUGUUGAUGAAAACACCGAGUCGCCAAAUUCAGCACUGGCGUGUUGCAAUGCAACUCUAAGUACGAGGAGCGGGGCAGUUUUCAGAUUUGCCGUUGUUUUUCAGAAUAUACUUUUCAAUCAACUUUCCACGCUGGUGGUUUUUGUGUGUCCUCCAUUCACCUCCUCAUAGUGAAGACCUUACCAAUGUAAAUGACCGACUGUCACCCUCCCACGGGAAGAACAGCAAAAGUCUGCAGCCCGGUUCAAGUACAGAAGACAACUGCACUUCAUAGAUUAGGGCUGAGGUUUACGCCUUCAUCUUUCUGCACUAGACAGCUUCCUGGACAACUAUGACAGACGGGGGACAAGCAGGCAGGCUGAGCCGAGCCAAGGUAGUGAUCCUGGGACGGGGCAACUGCGGGAAGACUGCAUUGUGUGUCAGAUUCAUCACCAAGCGCUUCAUUGGGGAAUAUGACCAUAAAAAGGAAGUAACAUACAGGUGCAGAAAAAUUGUGGACAAAGAAGCCAUUGAUCUUGAGAUACUGGAUACUGCUAACAAGAAGGGUGUGGGACCAGCCGCCAGUUCCUUGGAGGCUUCUAUUAAAUGGGGUGACGGCUUUCUCAUCAUCUACUCCAUCACCGACCGCAGCAGCUUCGAGGCUGUGUCCCACCUCAAGAGGCUGAUCGACCACGUCAAACAGACUCUGGGCAUUCCCACCGUCAUUGUGGCCAACAAAUCGGACAUGGAGAACGGGCGGGUUGUCCGGACGGAGGAAGGGCAGUCCCUGGCCGGGGAUCUAAGGUGUCCCUUCUACGAGCUGUCGGUGGCGGAGAGCUCGGCCGCCGUGGAGGCCGCGUUCUCCCAGCUGGUCCGGGAAGUCAGGCUGGAGUUUCACAAGCACCUGAUGGCCAUGGACAAGCGCUCCCGCGUCCUGCAGAUGAGCCACGCCCUCAAGAGCAAGCUGACCCGCAGCAAGACCAUGCAGUGGUGAGGCGGCCGGCGAGCGCCGGGGUCUCUCCGGCCCUCCCAGGGGGGGACCCCAGGACCGAACUCCGCACGGACUGCCGCAACACCGCCGUUCCCCCUGCGACACCCACAGCUACAACGUCAGCGCGCGUCGGGAGUGCGGUGUCUGAGGCUGAGCGAGGCCGCCUGUGACCGGAGUUCCUCCCACCAGCAGGUGGCGCCCUCUCCCCGGCACGGCUCUGGCUGGACCCGGGCUGGACAGUUUCUUCUCUCCUGUGCGCUGGAGGAAGGACAGCCGUGAUCCUCACCAGCUCAAUGCUGCUGGGGGCAUCGCGACCCAGAGCUGCAUACCUUUAGAGGAGAGGCCCUGGAGCACAUGCUCCAGGUGGUCCUCUCUCCGAGAGCGUAAAGCUGAUGGUAGCCACCGGAUUCUCUUAAGAAUUUUGACACGUCAUCUCUGAGGGAGAACACAACUGAAAAAAAGCUUUAGAAGCCACACAUGGUCUAUAUUAUGAAAUCCGUCGCAUCCAAUCAUGAGAGUUUAGGUGCUACAUCAUUUCAAACGAUUGUAACAUCUUUACUAUAGCAAACAUAAAAAGCAAUAUAUUGCACACGAAUAAGCAGUAGGAAGUUAAUGGAAGUCUGUCCAUUGCUUUGGAUAAAGAUGUCUGCUAAGCAAAUGACGCCGACUCUUAAGAGAGGACACCGGCUCUGUAGCACCCUUAAACAAGGAUUCUGGGAAAUCUGUGCUGCUCAGGGUUCACGAAGAUAAAUACGAGGAGGGGAAAUCCAGUCAGAUUACAAUUUCUUGCGGUGUCUAGUCCUACCAGAAAGCAUACAAAGCGUUACUGGAGCUAUUUAAGCUACCUGGAUUGGUGAUAAUGGUUUCUGAAGCUGGGGUACAUCCCAAAAAGUUCACAAGGCGGAUGACUAAAAACAGGCAAGAGCAGACAGGAAAAAUUCCUGGUUUUAAGUAAAGAGAUCUGUGAUGAAUACAUGUUGGUAUCAUUUUUACUUUCUUAAGCCUAGAGAUCUUGCAAAGCUGAAGUGAUAUUACCCUGCCUCAAAAAAAGAACAUGUGUCAUCAUUAUAGUUCAGCUGCGCGCUGAAAAGAUGAUUCAUCUGUCAAGCUUUUCCUUCAGUAAAGACAAGAAUAAACACACUGUUUCUUUUGCGACAGUCCCGGGAAUAUGUUUUAUAUUUAUAGAACUCUGAAGCACAUUCAUGAGCUCACUUCAAUUUGUUAAAAAAAACAACUUAUAUAACCAGACACAAAGAAUGAGAAGUAAAACACCUCAGAACUUCCCCCAGUGAUGUAAUGAAGGGAUUGAAAAUCACGGCAACUUUUGAUUUUUGUAAUUUUAUUUAGCAAAAUGGUAAAAUAAAUAAAUACAAAUUGAUCAGAUGCUCCUAAUUUCCACUUCUUUCAAAAUUCUCUAAAGUAUUUUCUAAACACUGAAUACAAAUAACUUAAUAUCACAUGAGGCUCAAAUACAGGAGACAGAGAGGUAAAGAAACUGCAGUUCACUAACAAUGUCAGGCAAAAAA